CUGAAUUAAACUUCAACCUCAAAACAGACCAUAUUUAUUUUUAAUUACUCUUGGUGAGUUUGUCCACCCAAUAGAAAAGAAUCAAUUUUUCCAUCUUCCUCAAAAGUCACCAAGUUACUGUAUUUGCGGCAAUUUCGAGGCAAGUGUAAUUGGAAUUGCAGUACAAGAAUGUAGUGGAUUUGGGCUGAUUCUUUCAGCAAGGGAAAUUUGUCUCUGCUUUUGUGGUUGGGUUCGUGGCGAUUCAGGCGGCAACUUCUGCUGUUGAUGAUGUGAUAUUUUAUUUAACUGCUAAGUUGAUUCUUUUUUAUGUCUACUCAGGUGUUGAGAUUUUCCUCUGGGACGCUAUUCAUUUUAUUGAGUUUUAUCUCUUCUUAGUUGGAUUUGUGUUUGGUUAGAAGUGAUGAAGUCCAUAAAGGGACUGUUGAGUUAGAUUCUAAAAAAAUGCAAAAUUAAGGGAACUGUAGAAGAUGGGAAAAGGCAAAGUUAUUUUCCCUUUUCUUGGAAGACAUGGAAGAAGAUGCGCCGCUGCCACGCCCAGAGGGGUUUGUAUUUGCCUUCUUGGACCUGGGUAGAACUAUAACGGGAAAGAUGGUUUACUUGUUAGUUGGGUCGGAUGUGGGUAAAGUUAUUUCCCCUUCUCCUGGAAACCAUUGAAGAAGACGCGCCGCCGCCACGCUACCAUUAUAUGGGUUUGUUUUUGAUUUCUUGGACUUGGGUAGAACAAUAAGUUGUUAGUUAGAUCCAAUGCGGGCAAAGUUAUUUCCAUUUUCUUGGAAAUCAACUCAUGGAAAAAAGUUGCGCCGUCGCUGCCGCCGCCGCCGCCGUUAAAGGGGUAAACAUGAGACCACAAAUCAGGCCAAUGGCAGGCAAACAACCAGUUAGGACCAAUCCUAAUGAACCAGCCAGUACAGGUCCCUUUGCAAGGAGGCCUGAAAUUAACCCAGCAAGACCUGAUGUAAACAGGUACACAGCUUUGGCAAGUUUGCCACCCAUUAAUCCAACAGUACUCCCACAGAGUCGACCAACCGGAAUGCUGGUAUUAAAGAAACCUUUUGCAAAGGAUCAAGAAGCCAGCACCUCUUCAUCACCAAGCGGAGAACUUAGAUUCUCUCAGAAACAGACAAGUGACUGCUACACAAUAAAGCAGCCUCAAAAUUUUGCAGAAGCAGUUACUCCAAGUAGCUCCUAGACGACUCCAAGAGAGAAAGAGAAAUUUGAAAUGAUUUCUCUAAAUAUCAUCCCAAUCCUUGCACUCGACAAGGAAUAUGAAGGUUAUGAGGUCAAACAUCUCUUGAAGCCUAUCUACACCAACAGGAAUUACGUCGAGACAGACAAUUCCUUAAAAACCAGAAGGUACUUUGAGUUUAUUCUCAUUGAUACCGGAUCACUAGAAAUAGAACAUGAAUUGGCAGAUAAAUCUGACCCAGAAAGCAUCGCCUAUUCAAAAUUGACGAUAAAAAAGAUCUUAUCUCCGUAUAACUGGCCUGUAGACCAUCUGCAAACUCCGAUCAAUCUAUCCAAGAGAUCCAACCCUCAAACCUACAACUGGUUUGAUUAUAAAAACGCUUGGAUAAAUUUCAUGUAUGUCAGGCCAACCACCCACACGUGGUUUAUCAAAUAUUGUCCAGAGGUAUCAGCCUCAAUCAUACCAAGAUGGUUCUAUGAAUGGUGGAGCCUUUUUGGUGGAAAUAAGCAAGUGAUGCCUCGUCAGUUUGUAGAAAAUUAUCCCCAAUUCCAGGCUGAAGAAGGCAUAUCAACCCUCCCAGAGCACAUCAAGCUCUGUAAGUACUUUAUAAAAAGACGUUUAUUUUAUAUUUUAUCAUGGACGUUUGUUAUUGCAGAUUUUGACAGGAUCAAAUUCUUGUCCAAAGAAAUCCGAAUUAAAGGAUGGUCUCCCACCAGAAAAGGCAAUCCAUCUCCUUCAAAGGGAAAGGAAAUAUCUCAGGCGUCACCUUCAAAGAGUGACUUAAAAAAGAGACUUGAAAAGGCUCUCUCAAAACUUGACGAAAAUCCAGAUGAAGCUGCUAUUAACCAGCUACUUGAUGAGGCCUCAUCACAAAGUGAUGACAAUGGCGACAUGCUUAAUCCAAAAGCAUUAGCCAGAUCUUAUCUAAAUCCUUUUGACUGAAGAGUCCUAAUUGAGGCUAUUAAAAGCCAGAAUAAUUAGUCUUCCAGGUAGAGAUUCAUAGAAUCAGAAUUACCAAGGAAGAAGCAAAUGGAGCUUAAAAGAAGACGGAAUCUUUUGCUGACUCAGUCACGACGAAAGGAAUUCGCUAUCAAAGGCCCACAUCAUGGCAGACAAAGUCAGGCAUCUUCACUAUUCAAAAAAAAGAAGAUGACAAACAACUUUAAGUCAGGCAUCUUUGCUUUUCAAAAAGAAGAAGAUGACAACCACUUUACUUUUGCUUUAACCAAAAGCAACGGACGAGAAUCAAGGGCCAAUCAGAAGAUUAGCUUUUAGAUUUUCAAAUCUCUUUGUCUCUCAGCUUUGCCUAUAAAAGGCAUUUUAGUUUUUCAGCUUAGGCAUAGAAAAUUAUUCACCAAAACAAUUUUUUGAGUGUCAUCAGUGAACAAGAGAAGCUACAAUCAUAUUCUUUCCUUACCUUCCCUUUUUAUAUUGUUAUUCUAAAUAGUUUAUCAAUAACUUCAUAAAAUUAAUACAUAAAUUAUAUAAAAAAAAUUCUAUUAUACUCAUGAUAGUUAAUUACUUCGAAAAUAGAUAUUUGAUCAACUUAAGAAAAUUAGUAAUUAAUUUUCAUAUUAUAAUUUUGAAAAGGAAUCUCUAACAAACAAAUUAAAAAUAAAAGAUGAUUUACCUAUCAUUUUUUUGAAAAAUUAACUUUAAUGAAAGUGAAAUCCAAACAGGUGAGAGAUAUAAAAAAAAAAAAAGGAAAAGAGAGAGUACUAAAUUAAGAUGCAGUCCAUUCUUUUGCACAUAAACAGUAGUAAAGACGUAGUAUAAAUACUUGAAGUGCGAAGCUGAGAAAUGAUCCGUCGUGUAUGAGUAUUCAUUGCUGGAGACGAGAAAAUUAAAUAGAGAUGGAGAAGAAGAGAUAAGAAUCGGAGCAACGUCAAGAAUUCAGAUACAGAGUAAUUUUUGGACAGAGACAGAUUUGCUGCUGCUAAAAAUGCAGAGGUAGUCUAACUACUUGCACGUCAUCAAUUAGCUGAUUCAUUAGAUAUAAGCUUAUCCCUUUUCUUCUCUGUGUUCCAUUCCACUAUUCCUUUCCUGAACCCUAUGAAAAAAAUAUUGCCUUCUUUUUUUUCUGUCCAAUCAAAAACAAUCUAAUAUGUACAGGUAAAACUUACCCACAAUAUGUUUGGCGUAAACAUCCGGUACGGGUAAGUUUUUUCCAAUAUUACCUUUGGAACUAGAUAACUUUUAGGCACAAUCAACUAGAAAAGAAGGUUGUAUUUCACAUGAUUGAAAA